AUGUAUAGUAAUAAAAAUGAUAAAGAUAAAGAUAAGGAUCAAAAUAAUGAAAAUAAUAAAAAUAAUGAUGAUGAAGCAAUUAGUUUAAAGAUAUUAGUUGUUGGAAAAUUAGCAUGUGGUAAAACUAGUAUUAUUCAAAGAUAUUGUCAUAAUAAUUUUCAACCAAAGUAUAAACCAACGAUCGGUGUAGAUUUCCAACAAAAGGUAUUAGAGAUUAUGGGACAAAAGGUGUUACUUCAAUUGUGGGAUAUAGCAGGCCAAGAAAGAUUUGGACAUAUGACAAGAGUAUAUUUCCAAAAUGCGCAUGGUGCAGUGAUUGUUUUCGAUGCAACUAGAAGUGGGACUUUUUUAGGCGCAAAAGCAUGGAAAGACGACAUUGACUACUGUUUCAAUAACGAAAAUUUACCAACGAUCCUACUUGCAAAUAAAUGUGAUUUACUCACACCACCUUACACUUUUCCAGAGGAUAUAAACACAUUUUGCGAACAAAACAGAUUUAAUAAAUACUUUUAUACUUCUGCAAAAGAAGAUACUGGUAUCAAUGAAGCUUUAGAAGAAUUGGUUAAAAUCAUUUUAGAAUCUUAUCAAACUCAAGAACAAUCAACUGGUUUUAAAUUAAGUGAUCAAUCUCAAUCAACUGAAACAACACCAACUCAAUCAAAAACUUGUUGUUAA